AUGCCGCCCCCCGCCCCGCCGCCCCCCGCCCGGCCCGGCCACGCAUUCACCAUCGCAGCGCUGCUGGGACGCGCCCCCUCCCCGCCGCCGCCGCCCCCCCACCCCACGCCGCCGUUUUGGGGGUCCCCCCCGACCCCCGGUCCCGCCGCUGCCGCCCGCGUCUUGCUGCCGCCGCCCGCCGCCCCCCGGCCGCUCUGCCCCGCCUGCUGCGGGGUCCCAACAGGCUUCCUGAUGUCCAAGUGCUGCUUCCCCAUCUUCAAAGCCAAGACCGGCAAAGCCAAGCGAGUCCGGACCAUCUUCACCAGUGACCAGCUGGCCCGGCUGGAGAAGGAGUUUGCACGGCAGCAGUACAUGGUGGGCACAGAGAGGUGCCUGCUCGCCUCCUCCCUGCACCUCACAGAAGAGCAGGUGAAAGUCUGGUUCCAAAACCGGAGGAUCAAGUGGAGGAAACAAAGCUUGGAACAGCAACAAGCCAAACUGGCCAAAAUGGGUUUGGCCACCCCGCAGAGGAGCCCCGACUCACAGAGCCACCACGGCGAGGAGGAAAAGGACUUCCCAGCGGAUCAGGACGACGUGGCCUCCUCCCCAGGCUCAGGGACAGCACCUGCACAGACUGUGGCAAAGAGCUGCUGA